AUGUCUACUCCAGUUGACACCUCUUUGACCAGCCUCAAGGAAAUCACUGGCACUCAGCAGCUUCCUCCAGGCCACAGUCACUUUUCUCUGACAACCCAGGUCAGUACACUUGUGGCUGAUGCGGUCCGGCACUAUGGGAGUGGUCCCUACCUUCCAGGUCUCGUCUGGCCCAACUGGCACAGCAUCGGGUAUGACGAUGCCUGUUUGUUGACGCACCCCUGGCGCAGCAAGGUUGUUGCCUGGGAGGAGUUAGGUGAUCACACCUUCGAUCUCCCAGUCAUGGCCAGUCCUUCAGUAGGUCCAAUUCCUGUGGAUCUUCCACCCUCACUUGUCAUCGCUGGGCCUUCUACCAACCCUGCCUCCGAGUCCUGGGUAGGCAAUAGCACGGGUAACCCGUGGGUAUUCCGUGCUGUACCCGCACCCAUACCUGUGUGGAACUAG